AUGCAAAAACAUAUUGGUUCCACCACAAUCAUCGACGAACCGUUCGAAUGGUCCAACGAUAGUAGUUUAGAGGUGUUUGCGAAUGCCAUUGAGUCCGAAGAAGCCGAAAGUUCUACGGCGCGGUCACGGGUGAAACGUAAAGUCGUGAACCGCAACCAUUGGACUGCUUCAAAAAGGUUGCACCGCAACUACUUUUGUGAAGAACCAAAAUACGACGAUGAUUUUUUUGAAGAUAGCACCGAAUAUCUGCGUAAACCAACAACACAUGAUCUCCAGUGUUCGUUUCAAGCACACGAAGAGAGACAUCACUUACCUGGAAUGACCGGUAGUCUAGAUUGUACACAUCUUGUUUGGAAGAUGUGUCCAAUGGAGUGGAGGGGUCAAUACAAAAGGGGUGAUCAUGAGUACCCUAGUAUUAUGUUGGAAGCAACGGCGUCUCAGGAUUUAUGGAUAUGGCACGCCUUUUUUGGUCCUCCGGGUGCUCUAAACGACAUCAAUGUGCUGCAACAAUCUACCUUGUUCCUCCCCGAGCGUAUGGGUACUACUUCUUACUGUCCAUUCUCUGUAAAUUGGCGUACGUAUAGACGUGGGUACUAUCUAGUCGACGACAUAUAUCUUACAUGUUCUACGUUUGUUAAAGCGUACAAAUACCUGACCGACGAGAAAGAAAAAAUGUUCAAAACGGCACAAGAGGCGGUUCGCAAAUAA